AAUUUCAAUGCCUCCGCACCAUAACGCAUAGCUGCCACGGCACCCUCUUACUCUCACACCCUCUCACACGGUCACACCGCACUCACUGCACCAUAGCUGCCACCGCGCACGCCGUGAGCCACUGCGCGCACCGCGAGCCACCGCGCGCACCGUGAGCCACCGCGCGCCCUUCACUGUGUUUCAGUUCCUGUUCCCAUGUCUAGUCUCUCUUCUUGCUCUUCUCCUUUGUUUCCAAGUUACAGUCCUAGUAGCCACCCACGCGCGGGCUCACUGAGCCGAGUUUCAUGCGGCCCGAGCCCCAAAAGGAAGAAAACCAGCCACAAUUCAGAAGCCCAAGAACUGGUUCGUUUGCUCACGCGCAAGAUAAGCGACAAAGAGCCUCUGGUGAAGACGCUGAACAAGUACGUGAAGCUGGUUCGAACCGAGCAUUGUUUUUUGCUCUUUGAAGAACUAGGCAAAGAAGACAAGUGGCUGCAAUGUCUUGAGGUUUUCAGAUGGAUGCAAAAACAACGAUGGUAUAUUGCUGAUAAUGGGAUUUACUCAAAGCUGAUAUCAGUUAUGGGAAAGAAAGGGCAAACCAGAAUGGCUAUGUGGCUUUUCUCUGAGAUGCGUAAUACUGGUUGUCGUCCUGAUACGUCUGUGUACAAUGCACUCAUCACAGCACACCUUCAUUCACGGGACAAAACAAAGGCUUUGGCCAAAGCCAUUGGCUACUUUCAGAAGAUGAAAGGAAUGGAGCGGUGCAAUCCCAACAUUGUUACAUACAACAUUCUUCUGAGAGCCUUUGCUCAGGCGAGGAAUGUGGAGCAGGUCAAUUCUUUGUUUAAGGAUCUUGAUGAGAGCAUUGUUUCACCAGAUAUUUACACUUUCAAUGGGGUGAUGGAUGCGUAUGGGAAAAAUGGGAUGAUUUGGGAAAUGGAAGCAGUGCUUGCACGAAUGAAAAGCAAUCAGUGUAAGCCUGAUUUGAUUACCUUUAACUUGCUGAUUGAUUCCUAUGGGAAGAAGCAGGAGUUUGGUAAGAUGGAGCAGGUGUUUAAGAGUUUGUUGCGCUCCAAGGAAAGACCCUCGCUCCCUACAUUUAAUUCAAUGAUUUUGAACUAUGGGAAGGCGCGGCUUAAGGAUAAAGCAGAAAAUAUUUUCAAGAAGAUGACUGACAUGGGUUACUCGCCGAGCUUUGUUACCCAUGAGAGUCUCAUCUAUAUGUAUGGCUUCUGUGAUUGUGUCUCCGGGGCUGUACAAUUGUUUGAUGAGCUGGUUGAGUCAAAAGUUCAUAUUAAAGUUUCAACUCUUAAUGCUAUGCUUGAUGUUUACUGCAUAAAUGGUUUACCACAGGAAGCAGAUUCACUGUUUGAGAGAGCGAAACAUAUAAAAAUAUAUCCAGAUUCAUCAACAUAUAAACUUCUUUAUAAGGCUUACACUAAAGCCAACCAGAAGGAGCUUCUUGAUAAAUUGCUGAAGCAUAUGGAUAAAGAUGGUAUCAUCCCUAAUAAGAGAUUCUUCUUGGAUGCUUUGGGUGCUGUUGCAUCUAUACCAGCAAAUUCAAAAUCUGCUGAUGCUGCAACUAAUUCAAACACAUCAAAUUCAGAAUCUGCUAAUGCUCCAACUAAUUUGAACCAAGUAAAUUCAGAAUCUGCUGAUGGUUCGACUAAUUCAAAAACAGCUUUAGAAUCUGCUGAUGCAGCCAAUGCAAACAACCCCCAAGAUUUUGCAAAGUUGGCAACUCACGUCAAGAAUUUUUUGACUCAUCUAUGACUUGCAUACAGGCAGCUCAGUUCACUUGUGAGAUAUUGUACUAUAUCUCUUUGCCAUCACUUUCCUAUCAUUCUAUUUUACAUCUUAUUGAUUCUUCUGAGGAACAAAAUUUACUUUGGUCAUCAUAUCACAUCUCUUGACUUUUUCUCAUUUUUAUAAUGAUUACAUUUACUUGAAAUUAAAUAAUUCACUUGACUGACCUUCAAAGUUCAAAUUCAGUCUUUUUAGUUGGGUUUUAGAUGAUAAGCUCUGAAAAUUUAUCCUUUAUUAUUAAUUUAAGCAAGUACCUUUAAUAAAUUAGGAAGUCACAACAACGAAACCUGGGGCAACUUUAGGCAUUUUAAAUCUGAUGCUGAAAAUAUCCGCAGGAGUUAGGACAAAAGAAACAAGAAUGAUAGAUGAUGUGUGCUUAGUGUUCUUAGCUGUGUAUAAAAUCAAUGUUAAUGAUUUGUUUUAAUCCUUAUCUUGUAAAGAAAUUUUGGUUUCCUUAAGUUAUGUCUGUUCUCCUAAACAUGUUUUUUUUAAUUGUUUGUUCAUUUCAAGUUUGCCACUAAACCCAUUUUAAUGAAGUUUAAUCAACAGACAUAGAGAAAUAGAAGAUGCUAUUGCCUAGGCUUCACAUGUUUAUGUUAAAUACUCAACUAGUUUAUCUGAAAUUUCAACUGCUUUAUUUUACUGGUAAUGGUGCAGUACAACACUAAGAUGACAAUGACUGCCAAAAUUAUGCUUCUUUGUUAAUGCAUUUUAAAUUUAUAAUUGCCUGGAAAUUUCUUUUCUAUCCCUUACAUUAAGGAAGAAUUUGUUGCGGAUGCGUAAUCCACUGAAUUUCUGGUUCAGUGACGCGUUGGAAAGUACCAAGAGGUAUUCAUAUUUGAUUGUCAUAUACUGAAUUUCUGGUUCAGUGACAUGUAGGAAAGUACCGAGAGUUAUUCAUAUUUGAUUGUCAGCAACUUGCAGGGACAAAGCUUUUUAGUUUAUAUGUUCAGAGUCUCGCGUUGAAGAGCAUAAGAAUCUUGACGUAGUACUCUAGUCAUUGAAAGAAAAAGUGAAAAGAAUGCGUUGAAUAGCAUAAGAAUCUUGACGUAGUACUCUAGUCAUUGAAAGAAAAAGUGAAAAGAAUGGAACGCAAGCUCGUGUCACUCAGAUGUAGAGGCUUGCCCUUUUCUUCAUGGCCCUAUGGACUAUGAAGAAUGCACAGCUGCCAAAGGUAAUUAGUUGCUAACAGCCAAUCCAGAAAAGAACAGGCUGGCUACUAGAAAGCAAUGAGUAGUUGUGUACACGAUGCUCAUUCUGAUGUAAUUUGAAAUCCAGAUUCAAGACUAAAAGAUCGACUUGUCAUGUAUUCACAGUACUGAAAACAACUGUUACAUCAUAACUACAUACUUACUCCACGACUUCAGUUGUUUAUUUGUGUAGUGUUAUAUUAUAAAUUAAUUGUUUUA